AUGCAGCUGAGCGGUGUCUGUGUUGCAUUCGUCGUGCUGGUUGGACUGGUCGUGGCGCAGGAGCAUCCCGAAUGGGUUCAGGUGGAUGAGAAUAAGUGUGGAGGUUGCGAAAAGGAGCAUUUUUGUUACAAACCCAAACAGUAAGUUUUUGGGGCCAAGAAGCUACUCAGCUUGCGUAACACAGAUGUUGCCUAAUAAAUCGGAGAAAAUUUUAUUUAUGCUUUAACUAAAAGCUUUAACUAAAUGUUUCCAAGGCAUAGUAGUCCGCUCGUAAAGUCGCUGGUGUGAUUUCGGUGACAUGCACUGUGCAGAAAAAGUCAAGGGCGACACAUGAAAAACGCCACUGCACGGUGCAAAAAAACAGAGAGUUGCACAGUGCAAAUGUAAUUUUUGUUUUCUCACAGUGCGUGUCCUAAAAAUCACUUCAGCAACUUUUCGAACAAUUAUUAUCGACCGGAGUAUGCAAGAGGUUUAGCCUUUGCGUUGCAGAAGUCCACGGGUUUUUGAGAGGGACCAUAAACCAUUUUUUUUCUAUAGGGUUCUCCCUGUUUCUACUGUAUGUAGAGCAUGAUGCUUGUUACAAAAACCGCACUUUUUUGAGGCAACAGCUAACGGCCAAAAUUGUUUUUUCUUUUAUGUUUUGGCAACUUUUACCGUUUUGAAAAUUUCCGUUCCGUAUGCGGCAAAGAUUAUUUCAUAUCUCGGUGCCCCUGGGAAAACACAAGCUAAAAAUUUCUAUAAUUCAGGUGUAUCCUAUACGAAAUUAGUUUCAAGCAAGUCGGAGGUCGACUGAAAAAGUUUCGCUGACUUUCUUUACCAGGAGCGCUUUGUAGUUGCGUUAAAAAUUUCACCGCGAUUUUUUUUGAAACCCGAAAAAAAUGUCUGGCCCUCAGCUAUCUAUCAGAAAGAAUUGCAACCUUAUUGCGGGUUUCAGCUCCCAUUUUUACGGUACUUUGAAUUCCGUGCCGGAAUUUGUGGGAAAUUUGCGGACCCGCCUGACGCGUCAUCAGGAUUAAAACAUCAGACCAGACACGCGCCCUCCAUUCCACUACAUUACAGGCGUCGCUGUUUAUAAUCGCGGCAUCGACGUCAGCGCUGACGUAGGAAAUAACAAAUGUCUAAAUCGGUAACGGCAUUUGAUGCGGCCGCGGCUGUCAUAAAUUUUCCGAAAAAAGAUCGAGGAACAAGAUCGUUGGUUGGGGUGACGAAACAUUACUGUAGUCACGUUGCAAAAAAGAUCUUUUUGUGACAUUUAGUUUAUGGACCCGUGAAAGGAAAAGGGCUAAAGGGGCUGUACUGGCUCUCUAUCAUCGGUACCAGUCAAUUUCUUCUGCUGGUUUAGCCGAUAAGCCGUCAUUAACGCAGAAACAGGGGAUUGAGCACUGUUUUCUUGUGAUUCACUGUGUAAAGUUUUACAGUGCACGUUUACAAUCGGUUUAGUUGCGCUUUUGCUCACUCUAGCUCAUCGCUCUUUAUGCUAGAGAUCUUUCAAAAAAAAGCUCUUCCUUUAAUAAGAUUUUUUACAUUAAAAAAUGCAGUUAUAAAUUCUAAUAAGGGCGGUUUCAGAUUCGACUACCCCCGAAUGUGUGUUCCCAAACAAUUCGAGAUCAAUCUUUCAUUCAAGAAGUCCCUAAACAAGUACUGUAAAUCCGUUGUCAGCGAUUUUUUUGAGACCCGCAUGCAGCCUGUCAACCCGGCUUCCCGUGUUCGCCGAUUGCUCUAG